AUGAAGAGGGAUAAUCACAGCAGUGUAUCUGAAUUCAUCCUCUCGGGGCUCCCUAUCAGGAAGGAAGAGCAAGGCAUGUACUAUGCCCUUUUCCUGGUCCUGUACCUGACCACAGUGCUGGGGAACCUGCUCAUCAUCCUGCUCAUCAGGCUGGACUCCCACCUCCACACCCCCAUGUACUUCUUCCUCAGCCACUUGGCUCUCACUGACAUCUCUUUCUCAUCAGUCACAGCUCCAAAGAUGCUCAUGAAUAUGCUGACACAGAGUCAAUCCAUCUCUUAUGCUGGGUGCAUUUCUCAGGUAUAUUUUUUCUUGUUGUUUGGUGAUCUUGACAGUUUCCUUCUUACCUCAAUGGCAUAUGACAGGUACGUGGCCAUCUGCCAUCCUCUGCACUAUACCACCAUCAUGAGUCAGAACCUCUGUUUCCUGCUAGUGAUUGUGUCCUGGGUCUUGUCCUCUGCUAGUGCCCUGGUACACACCCUUCUCCUCAAGAGCAGUAUGAGGCCUGAGAACCAGAGCAAUGUGUCCAAGUUCCUCCUCCUGGGGCUUCACUUCCAGCCAGACCAGCAGGCUGUGUUCUUCACUCUGUUCUUGGCCAUGUACCUGACCACGGUGCUGGGGAACCUGCUCAUCAUCCUACUUAUCAAGCUGGACUCCCACCUCCACACCCCCAUGUACUUCUUCCUCAGCCACUUGGCAUUCAUUGACGUCACUUUCUCAUCUGUCACUGUCCCAAAGAUGUUGAUGGACAUACAGACUAAUCUGAAGUCCAUUCCUUUUGCAGGCUGCAUUUCCCAGAUGUAUUUUUUCAUAUUUUUUACUGACUUAGAUAGCUUCCUUAUUACAUCAAUGGCAUAUGACCGAUAUGUUGCCAUAUGCCGCCCUCUCCACUACACCACCAUCAUGAAGGAAGAACUCUGCAUCUUAUUAGUGGCUAUAUCCUGGAUCCUGUCCUGUGCUAGCUCCCUCUCUCACACCCUAUGCCUAACCCGGCUGUCCUUUUGUGCUGCUAACACCAUUCCCCACUUCUUUUGUGACCUUGCUGCCCUGCUCAAGCUUUCCUGCUCAGACAUCUUUCUCAAUGAGUUGAUCAUGUUUACAGUAGGAGUGGUGGUGAUUACUCUGCCAUUUAUAUGUAUUCUGGUAUCUUAUGGCUACAUUGGGUCCACUCUCCUCAGGGUCCCUUCAACCAAGGGGGUCUGCAAAGCAUUGUCCACAUGUGGCUCCCAUCUCUCUGUGGUUUCUCUGUACUAUGGGGCAAUAUUUGGGCAGUACCUUUUCCCAACAUUAAGUAACUCCAUCAACAAGGACAUCAUCGUAGCUAUCAUGUACACAGUGGUCACACCCAUGUUGAACCCCUUUAUCUACAGUCUUAGGAACAGGGAUAUGAAAGAGGCCCUUGGAAAACUCUUCAGUAGAGCAACUUUUUUCUCACAGUAA